ACGGCGGGCGACAUUUUGUAAACUUGGGUCUGUUCACCGGUGGUGAGCUUCGCAACCCUGGGCCGGUGCGAGGUCAGGGAGCCUGGAGGGCGCUGUGCUUUCUGCUCUGAGGCGGGUCUGAGGCUCGGUGUGGGCGCCAUCCACCUUGACUCUGUCUCGGGGCCGGGAUAGGGGCCGCCGGGCCUGGGCCCCUGCUUCGCCCACAAACUGUGCUGAAGGGGCCGCGCUGAUGGAUCCGAUUCAGGUUCCACGUUCAACAGAACCACUUAUGAACUCUGCACCGGGCUCUGUGACCUUUGAGGACGUGGCUGUGUACUUUUCCCAGGAGGAAUGGAGGCUUCUUGAUGAGGCCCAGAGACUCCUGUACCGUGAUGUGAUCCUGGAGACCUUUGCACUUGUUGCGUCAUUGGGGUGUUGGCAUAGAGCAGAGGAUGAGGAGACACCUUCUGAGCAGAAAGUUUCUGUAGAAGUGCCACAAAUAAAUGCUUCAAAGACAGACCUGUCCACCCUGAAGUCCUAUCCCUGGCAGAGGUUCUGCCUGUACUUAGAAGGUGGUUUGCAUCUAGCUGAGGACCUUGGCACAAACCCUGGUCAGAAACUGUGUGGGGCAGGUGUGAACUUUCACCAGCACAGUGGACAGGAACUCUUUAGAAGAGAUGUGGGUAAGACCUUUAUGAAGAGCCACACAGUCCAUGCAUACAAGAAGUCUUUCACAUGCCAGGAGCCUGGGAAGGAUUUCCCUGGUACCUCUGGCCUUCUCCAGCACCAGGUCACUCCACAAAAGGACACCAAGUGUGUGGAGGCCUCUCACAAUGGACAAAGGCAGUAUAAAUGCCACGAAUGUGGAAAAGCCUUCUGCUGGAAGUCCAGGCUUGCUCAGCACCAGAGAGUCCACACUGGAGAGAGGCCUUAUGAAUGUGAUGAAUGUGGGAAAGCCUUUGGCUAUAAAUACAUACUUGUUCAGCACUGGAAUGUCCACACUAGAGAAAAGCCUUAUGGAUGCAGCGAAUGUGGGAAAGCUUUUAGCGACAAACACACACUUGUUCGGCACCAGCGAAUUCACACUGGAGAAAGGCCUUACAAAUGCAGUGAAUGUGGGAAAGCCUUCUGCCGCAAAUACAGACUUGCUCAGCACCAGAGAGUCCACACUGGAGAGAGGCCUUAUGAGUGCUGUGAAUGUGGGAAAACCUUCACCCGUAAACCCACACUAUUUAAGCACCAGAGAAUCCACACUGGAGAAAGGCCUUAUAAGUGCAGUGAAUGUGGUAAAGCCUUUAGAUGCAACUCCAGCCUCAUUAAACAUAGAAGAAUUCACACGGGGGAAAGGCCUUAUGAGUGUAAAGAAUGUGGGAAGUUCUUUAGCCAAAGCUCUCAACUUAUUGUGCACCAGAGAAUUCACACUGGAGCCAAGCCUUAUGAGUGCAGUGAAUGUGGGAAAACCUUCACCACUAAAAGCAAACUUGUUCAGCACCAGAGAGUCCACACAGGAGAAAGGCCUUAUGAAUGUGGAGAAUGCAGUAGAGCCUUCAGCUGUAAACGCAUGCUUGUUCAGCACCAGAGAAUUCACACUGGAGAGAGGCCUUAUGAGUGCAGUGAAUGUGGAAAAGUCUUUAGGUACAUUUCCAGCCUCGUUAAACAUAGAAGAAUUCACACUGGGGAAAGGCCUUAUGAGUGUAGUGAAUGUGGGAAAACCUUCACCGCUAAAAGCAAACUUGUUCAGCACCAGAGAGUCCACACAGGAGAAAGGCCUUAUGAAUGUGGAGAAUGCAGUAGAGCCUUCAGCUGUAAACGCAAGCUUGUUCAGCACCAGAGAAUUCACACUGGAGAGAAGCCUUAUGAUUGCAGUGAAUGUGGAAAAGUCUUUAGGUACAUUUCCAGCCUCAUUAAACAUAGAAGAAUUCACACUGGGGAAAGGCCUUAUGAGUGUAGUGAAUGUGGAAAGUUCUUUAGGCAAAGCUCCCACCUUAAAGUCCACCAGAGAAUUCACACUAUAGCAAACACUUAUGAGUGCAGUGAAUGUGGGAAGCAUUUUAGCCAAAACUCUACUCUCAUUUCACACCAGAGAGUUCACACUGGAGCAAAGGCUUAUAAGUGCAGUGAAUGUGGGAAACGUUUUAGCCAAAGCUCUACUCUUAUUAAGCACCAGAGUUCACAUUGGAGAAAAACCACGAGUGCAAUAAAUGUGGAGAUUUCUUCAGCCAAAACUCCCAGCUUACUCAACACCGAAAAGUUCAUGCUACAGAAAGGCAUCACCAGUACAGCAAAUGUGGAAAAUUUUUCUGUCAAAGUCUGCUCUGACUGAGCACCAGAAAUUUAACAGCCCAGAUGAACCCUAUGAGUGCAGUGAAUGUAAGAAAGCUUUCAGCUGAAGGUCUAACUUCAUCCUCCUUCAUCACCAGAAAGUUCAUACUGGAGGAAGGCUUUCAAAUGAGAUGAGAGCAGCGAAUGAGCUGUCUCCUUAGUUAAUACAUCAUACUGAAUAGGCUCUGUGAGGGAGUCAUCAGCUGGAAGCUGAAUGCCAUACAUCUAAACAGCCCUAGUGUGCAGAUUGCCUAUGAGUACCAGGUUCGUAGGAAGCUUUUAAGGAGGUAUGCUGUACUUUCUGACUUUAUGUCACUGUGAGUUUCUUACCUCACCCAAGUGGUAGAUCCCCAUUCUUGGCACCAGUCACCUCAGUGUGAUCAGGGUAGGUAGAUCUUUGUGCGCUCUUAUCCCCUUAGAAAUGCAUGAAUAGCCUGAGCACUUGGGUGUUGUCAUUCUCUUUGGUCCUGUCAGGACCAAAGCAGCUUUGACCAUGGGAAUCCAGUCUGGGUUCUGCUGGUGGCUCACAGAGGUUCAACUUCUUUGGUGGCAUUGUCUCAUAUCAUGCUCAGGAUAGGUUUUUCAAGGUCCAAGUCACUCUGGGAACUAUUUGCCUCAGUUUGCUCUGCUCUAUACCAUAAUGAAGACUAUUAUUUAAGCCACCUUUCAUCUUGGGAUUUGUUCACUGUCAGACUGGUGUUGAGAAUCAUAUUGAACUGUCAGGAUGAUGAGGAACUGGUUUUGUGAGUGUUCCAAACUUCGUAUACCUCAAUGAGGAUAGUGUCAUGGCAGAGAAUAGUUUUCACUCCAGUUUCUGUCCAAUCUGUUGUCCAAGGCCUCCUAGGGUAGACUGCAGGGCUCUGUGGGACUAAUGUUGAGUUCUGGAUGUCAGAAUUUUUGGUGGGUCCCGAGGUCACCUGAGAUGAGGACAGUUGUGAGACCCACCAGUGAUUUUUGGAGCAGCAUGAAUGGUUCUCUUUUUCACAUGGGAUGUCACAUCAUGCCCCCAGUACUGUUAAAGAUAAGAAAUUCUCUAGGUCCAGCUGGAAAAGAGACCAUGUGCCAUAUGUGCCCAAAGUGGUAGGCUGGUGUUCCUGAGUGUUAGAUUACAGGCAUCAGGUGGGAACCAUAUUUCAUACAGAAACACUCAUGGAAUUAAUAGGGAGUGAGAGACAAGCAAACAAGAAGGGAUGAGCCUUUUCUAAAGUUUCAUCCACAAAUGUUCCAGUGACUGUGUCUGUUUAGGAUAAAGUUUUUGAAGAAAUUCUCAGGAGUUCCAGAGCUGUUCCUCUCCUCCUGAGCCCCCAGUCAGUGUCAGACUGAAUAAUGUAAAGGUUUUAGGAAUCAGCAUCUGCAAAUAAUUUAUCUCAAGGCCAUUGCUGCACAGUGAAAACAAUGGGGAAUGAGAGUGGAAAUUGUGUAGUCCAGGCAUGUGAAUUUUAGUACCCAGGCAGAGUUCCUGGAUAACUUAAGUGCAAACAACUUUCACUGCUCACCAGUCUUCUUUGCUACUGCUACAGAUUCCCUCCCAUGGGCAAGGGGAGGUGAUGGGGUUAAUGUGAGGUUGCCAGAGUUCUACUGAAAAGGAGAUUUAGCAAAGAGAUUAAGGUUUUUAUGUGAAGCCAAUUUCUAUUGAAAUUUAAUUAGCUGUAUAGUUGGUAUGCACUGAACAGAACAUACCUAAAAUGCACAGCUUGGUAAGUUUUAGUACUUGUAAAGCCACGGAACCAUCAUCAUAACAAACAUCUGUCACUGCCAUAUCUACUUUCUGACAUUUCUCCCGGGACUUUCAGGCAACUACUAUUGACUGACUUUUCUCCCAUUCAAUUAGUUAGUGUUUUCUAGACUUUUAAUAUCAUUGGAGCCUGAAUGUUUACUUUUGUGUUUGUCUUUUUUUAUCUCCAUGCAUAGUUACUUUGAGAAUCAUCUAAGUUGCCGAUGUGAAUAAUUCGGUUUUUUCAUGAUAAUAUACUCUUUGGAUAUACCAUUAUUUCACUGGUAUUCAUCUGUUAAAGGAUGGCGUUUUGUGGUUUCCAGUCGGUCUCUCACAGAUAAGCUUACUAUUAACGUACAUAAAAUCCUUUAUAUGAACACAUGGUUUCAUUCUAAAAUGAAUGACUGUACCCAAAUGCAUUCCCAUCGACAGUAUGGGAACAUUCCAGUUCCCCUCUGUUCCUCACCAGUACUUGGUUGGUACGGUCAAUAGUUUGAAUAUUUCCUGUUUUAAAAGCGUGGAGACAUAUCUCACUGUGGUGUGAUUGCAUUUCCCUAACAAUUCAUGAUGUUGAACGUUUUUGUGUUCAUUUGCCAAGUGUAUGUCUUCUUUGACAAAAUGUCUGUUUUCUUAUUAGUAACUGAGAAGUUAAUAAAUGUGUUGGAAUUUGA